CCAAGUGCGCCAUUGAAUUUACGAUUUGAAGAUAUAACAAUGCAAAGCCUUAAAGUAUCAUGGGACGUCCCAAAAUUUCGUAAUGGUGAAAUACUUGGAUACUUGGUAACCUAUGAGACAACCGAGGAAAACGAAAAAUUCAGCAAACAAGUGAAACAAAAGGUUUCCAACACAAAUUUACUUGUACAAAAUCUAGAAGAAGAAGUUACUUAUACAUUUACGGUACGAGCACAAACCAUUGACUAUGGUCCAGCUGUUAGCGAAAAUGUGACAACUGGUCCACAGGAUGGCUCUCCAAUAGCACCUAGAGACUUAAUUCUUGCUAAAACACUUUCGAGUGUAGAAAUGCAUUGGCUUAAUGGGCCUUCCGGCAGAGGGCCAAUACUUGGCUAUUACAUUGAAGCAAAAAAGCGCGACGAUUCUCGUUGGGAGACAAUUACGCGAACGACCACUGGCACCAUGCAGGAUUUUACUGUCAGCUAUCAAAGUUUACUACCAUCCACCGCCUACACAUUCCGCGUCAUUGCCUACAAUCGUUACGGCAUAUCGUUCCCAGUUUAUUCAAAGGACUCAAUACUGACACCUUCUAAACUGCAUUUGGAAUACGGUUAUCUGCAGCAUAAACCAUUUUACCGCCAAACGUGGUUUAUGGUUGCUUUAGCUGCCACAUCCAUUGUCAUAAUAAUCAUGGUAAUAGCAGUGCUGUGCGUAAAGAGUAAAAGCUAUAAAUAUAAACAAGAAGCACAGAAAACUUUAGAAGAGUCAAUGGCUAUGUCAAUCGAUGAACGGCAGGAGCUUGCUUUGGAAUUGUAUCGUUCACGACAUGGUGUUGGUACAGGCACACUGAAUAGUGCUGGCACUUUAAGUCGUGGUACACUUGGUACGUUGGGACGAAAAUCAACAAAUCGACCACCAACAAGUUUGCAACUUGGCAAGAGUCCACCAAGACCUUCUCCAGCUUCAGUGGCAUAUCAUAGCGAUGAGGAGAGCUUAAAAUGCUACGAUGAGAACCCAGAUGAUAGUAGUGUGACGGAAAAACCAUCCGAAGUUAGUUCGUCUGAAGCAUCACAGCAUUCGGAAAGCGAAAACGAGAGUGUGCGGUCGGAUCCACAUUCUUUUGUCAAUCACUACGCAAAUGUCAACGACUCGCUGCGUCAAUCCUGGAAGAAAACGAAGCCAGUGCGAAAUUAUUCAAGUUACACAGACUCCGAACCGGAGGGUAGUGCAGUGAUGAGUCUCAAUGGCGGUCAAAUCAUUGUCAAUAAUAUGGCCAGAUCGAGAGCACCAUUGCCUGGCUUCUCCUCAUUUGUCUGACAAUCAACAGAGUUUUAAGGAACACGUAAAACCAAAAUUCCAUGGAUUUAUUAAGAUAAGAACAAAAUUGUUUUAGACUAGACAUACGUUAGUAAACACGCACACACAAACCUAUACAAGUUUUAAUGUGUUUGUGAGUGCCAGUGAAGGUUACUGCCGUUUUUUUUUAAUUUUUUGACAAUGCAAAAAACUUUAAAAUUAAGAGGGCUAAGCUACGAUGAUUUUUGUUUUAAUUUAAAAUAUUUUUAGAAUUAAAUUAGCGCAAUUAAUUAUUAAUCUAAUUAUGUUUUUGUGUAGUGUGAAUGUUGACUGAACUGUUUUAUAUACAAUUUUAUGUACUUGUUUUUUAUAUACA